AUGGAACAAUUAACAACACCGCCCGUCAAGGCGGGAAUCCAAACCGUUACCCCAGCCCACACAAGGAACACAUCGACCGCGUCCUCAGAUACCGCAUACACCACAGACACGGCAUACACCGCCGACACAUUAUACACCGUAGACGAGGAGAAACGCUUGCAUCACGCGUCGCAGGGCUCCGUGUCGUCCAUUGACAAGGGCAAGCGGGAGAGUUACUCGUCCGUCUCGUCGGAUCUCGAGGCCCAGAAUGCCGAGAUCGACGACUACGCCCAGAAGCGGUUCGGCUUCAUCCGGUACACAGCGCUCAACGUCUACCGCCGCCUAUUCAGCAUCGCUUUCAUCGGCAACGCCAUCGCUUUCAUCAUUCUCAUGGUCAAGGGGACCGCCCCCCUGGACCUCGUCAAUGCCGCCGCUGUCAACCUGGCCGUCUGCGGCCUCUGCCGCCACCCGCUGGUCGUCAACUCACUAUUCCUCACCUUCGGCGCCGUCCCGCGCUCGGCGCCCAUGAGGCUGCGCCGCCUCGCCUGCAAGAUCUUCCAUCUCGGCGGCGUCCACAGCGGAACCGGUGUCGCCUCCUGCGUCUGGUACAUCGGCUUCGCGGGCCUCUACACCUACCACUUCACCCCCUCCCCCGUCUCCAUCGCCGUCCUCGCCCUCAUCUACUUCGUCCUCGCCCUGCUCCUAGCCAUCAUCGCCGUCGCGCACCCCUCCUUCCGCGCCAAACACCACGACUACUUCGAACUGACCCACCGCUUCUCCAACUGGGCCAUCCUCGCCCUCUUCUGGAUCCUGAUCUUCCUCCUCGGCGCGCAGGAACCCGCCGGCCUAUCCGCCUUCCUCAUCCACCUCCCCGCCUUCUGGAUCCUCAUCCUCCUCACCGCCGCCACCAUCCACCCCUGGCUGCUCCUCCGUCGCGUGCCCGUCAAGGCCGAGCCCCUCUCCCCGCACGCCGUGCGCCUGCACUUCUCCCACGCCACCGUGCGCUUCGGCCAGGGCAUCAGCGUCGCGCGUCAUCCGUUGGGGGACUGGCACAGUUUUGCCAGCUUCACGGACCAGUUUGAUGCAGAGGAGACCAAGUUCUCGUGUCUGGUGUCCAAGGCGGGCGAUUGGACGCGGCAGGCCAUUGCGCAGCCGCCGACAGUGUUGUGGAAGCGGGGCGUGCCGACGUACGGGUUUGGGUAUGUGUUUCGGAUGUUUGAGCGCAUUAUUGUGGUGACGACGGGGUCCGGGAUUGGGCCGUGUCUGUCGUUUAUUGAGGAUCCGCGCAGGCCGAGCAUGCGGGUCGUCUGGCAGACGAAGAGCCCGUUGAAGACGUAUGGGCAGCGGACGCUGGAUUUGGUGAAGCGGAUGGAUGAGGAGCCGGUGGUGAUUGAUACGUCGGUUUCGGGGAGGGUGGAUAUGCUGCCGGUUGUGCUGAAGUUGUACAAGGAGUUUGGGGCGGAGGCGGUUUGUGUCAUCAGUAACCCGAAGAUGACGAGGAGUUUGGUGUACAGCUUGGAGACGAGGGGCAUUGCGGCAUAUGGGCCGAUCUUUGAUAGCUGA